AUGUCACUCAAUAGCUUUCUGGAUGAGAUCUACAAGUCUCUGCAGAGCAAAGAUGGCCAACGUAUCGCAGACUUAAUCCACCUGGAUGUUGAAAGCCUGCCACCUCAGCGCCAGCAACCGUACGUCCAACUCAACGCCGAGCUCCAGAAGCAGUACCCAGCCAACAACGAUGCGGCUCUACUUCAGCAAUGCAAAGCCAGGAUAUCACAAGAAGAGUUCGGGACGUUCUCAACACCAUUCUGUGACAGCAUAGCACGCUACUUCCGUUACCUGCGCGACAUCCAGACCGCCGACAAUCUCACCAAAGCUCUCGCCAUCCGCCAGCUGACCAGUCAGUGCGUCACGGCUCUGGGCGACUCACGCUAUGGCAUUGUCAUGAUCCCGAUUGUCUUGUCAUUCAGCCGCACGCUGGCCUCCAUCGCGACCAAGCUCGAUCGCAACCCUACGCUCAUCCGCCAACACGCACAGAAACUUGGCGCCGGCAACACCGACUCGUCUACUCCACGCACCUCCUUCGUCGAAGACGCCGCCAAUGUCCUCCGCGACGCCUUCAUCAAAUGCCUAGCCGGCAGUCCAGGCACAGCACGCACGUCCCGCCCACAAGCUGACGACAAGCGGAUCGGCAUCUACCUGACGGCCAACUCGACCCUGAAACUCCUCUUCCGCUGCCUCAAGCAACGUAAUGCCCAACAAAUCUUCUCCUCGAUCGACGCCCAAUCUCCGCCCCUCUCAUUCUACCCCGCCGCCCAACGCGUCACUUACCUCUACUAUCUCGGCCGCUACCACUUCGCCAAUAACCACUUCCUUCGGGCUUCCGCCGCCCUCAACGCCGCCUACAUCCAAUGUCACAAAUCCGCUACAUCUCACCUCCGCCUGAUCCUCACCUACCUUCUCGCCUCUAACCUCCGACAUCGCACCUUCCACGCCAUCCUCUCCCUCCCAUCCCCACUGAACAACAACCAACCCCCAAACCCCAUCGCGGCCUUCCUCCUCCGCCACCGCAUCCACCUACAGCUCCUCAAUCGCUUGGAGCCUUUAGUGUACCGCUCCCUCAUCAAGCGCACUUUUCGCCUCGUCGGCUUCCCCGGCGGGACCGGCGCCGACAAGAAAAUCCCCUUCCUCCGCCUUGCCUACGUUCGUGCCGCGGCGCGGUUCAGCUUCACACGCGCACCGAUCGCGCCUGGUACUCUGCCACACACGGCACCCCUCGAUUCGGAUUUCUGGGAUCUGGAGAACGCGCUGGCGGAGACGGGAUUCGACAUCGGCUCGGGUAUUUACGACAGCAGCAAUACCACCACGACUGCGCUGGCGGUGCAGGCGAAUCCUUUCUCUCCGCCGAAUAGUGAGGAAGAGCAGUCUCCGACGAUGGCGGAGAUAGAAUCAGUGUUCCUCUCGCUCAUCCAGCAGGGGUUCCUGAAGGGGUUUGUGCUGCAUGUGAAUCCCAGGUUUGCGAUCCCGGGCGCGGCGCAGCGGGGUGGGUGGGCGAAGGCCGGGUUUCCGGUCGGUGUUUGGGGCGAUUCUGGAGCGGGACGGGGUGGGGAAGCAGGGUGGAUUGGGGGGUGUGAGGAUGCCGGG